UCUGCUGUGUUGAUACCGAACAAAAUGGCUGCAGAGGCUUGAUCCUAACCCGACACUCUCAGCGCUUUCUCCGGACACUCCGCACUUAUCCUUGGAUAUUUCCGCUGUCAUUUGAAAAACGUCGCUGGAUUUCUUCACACGACUGCAGGCAGACUGCUUGCCUCAUCGCUCGCUGUCUUUAUUUUUGCACUUUACUGAAGCAGCUCCCUCGCAUCGUAUCUGUCAGUCUACCAGACAGUAGCAGCUUCAAACUGCCCUCUUCAUUUUGCACCAUAGAUCAGAUGCUAUUACUGAUGACCAAUUUAUGCCACUGUACUUAACAAACUGCCUCGCCGUUUUAAUGUAUUUUUUCUCUUUUCGAAGGGAUUUAGUAGCGUCAUGUAAAUGUCGUCUGAUGUUUUUUCAGCAUGCAUGCAUCUAUAAUCUCCAUCAGAGCCCAAAGCUCUAAGUCUGCAUAGAGAUUUUCAUUUGCAUAUUCAAUUUUGUGUUUAUUUUUAUUCUGCUGCCUUUUUGGGACACGUUCGGAAGUUCAGCUGCUCAUUCAGUACAGUGUUAGUUGGGUCUGUCUGUUUUUACGGGUAUUUCUUUUUCGGAAAAAAGGCCUUUUCGUACCGCUGUACGACAUGCAACACUUUUUUACUGAAAGCUGCCAAAGGUCGACUUGUGAAUAAAAAGCCGAGAGAAGCUGAACAUCACAAGGAGAGAACCAUUUGAUGGAAGAAAAGAAAAAGAAAAGGCAAGAAGUAGAGACAAAGAAGAACACUGCAGGAAAAACGGUUACUGAACAGAAAACCAAAGUGCCAGACUCCGUUAAACCCAAUCCCAGCAUCCCUUCAAGUCCCAUUCUGACCCUGAACCUGCCUGUACCCUCUGCCUCCACCACCAGCAAUGGCAAGCGUAACCCUAGUAAUGCCCUACAACAGCAGUUACCUCCAUUGCAGCAGUCCAGUCCCCGAUAUGUGCACAAAGAGGUUCCUCCACGCUUCCGACAGCAGGAGCAGAGGCAGCUAUUGAAGAGGGGUCAACCUUUACCUACAGCCGCUCUGAACCCGACCUCUGCUUGCACUCAGACCGGGGUCAUCUCCCCUCCUGGGACGCCUACCAGCAAACGGCACACGGGACUUCCCCAUCAAAGUGUCCUGGGACCCCAGCAUGAGAAUUGUCAUUGGAAUAUCCCAGUUACCAAAAGCAGCAGCGGCAACCAGGAUAAAGUGAUUAUUAACGACACAGACACUUGGCCUUCAAUUACAUACGGCAAGAGCCAGCAGACACCAGAAUGCACCUUGGACGCUGAACGCACAUCAGAGGUCAUCAGCAACAGUAGUAGCACUAUUAUGGCUACAGGAGCUAGCCAGCAGGGUCAUUACCCAAUCAGCAAAGCCAGCGUUAAUCUCACUUCUAGUAUGGUCUCUAGUCAAGGUGGCCCUAACAGGGGGUGGGUCUCAGAAGGAAAGGUUGACUUGCCCAUGGGCAGUAGAGGGCAGUCCAGCUGGGGUGCUUCUAAUCUGAACCUCAACCCCAGUGCCAACCCUGCUGCUUGGCCAGCUCUUGGACAUGAGGGGCCUGGGGUAGGGUCAGGCCCUAGUAGCAUAGUUUACUCAAAUUCACUUUCACUUAGUAGGUGUGGCCAAGGAGGAGUGGCACACCCUCACAGCACCAUUGGAAAUGGUAGCAUUGGUUGUGUCAAUGGAAACCUUGUAGGGGACUGUGCAUGGGGCAACCCGGAUAUCCCAGAACAACACCAGUCACCCACAAAUGUAUCUUUCAACAUGAAACCUCCUAACCUUAAAACUGAUGGACCAAAUAAUACUAAACCAGAGCCAAUGAGUCCAGUGAACAGCUGGAGAGGAAACCUCGGUCAGUCACCUACUGAGCCUGCCAGCGAAGAUGGAACUGCUUUCUGGGGCAACAGAGAUGCCAAAAAUGGAGAAUCAAAGGACUCAGGCUGUGAUUCUGCAAGCGUCUCCUCUUGGGGGCAUGGAGGAGCUAGCAGUGGUGGCGGCUGGGGCAAACAGCCAAGCACUGACGGUACAGGAUGGGGCAAACAGCCAAGCACUGACGGUACAGGAUGGGAUGCUAAUGAUGGUCCAUCCCAAGAACAUAUGAGUUCCUGGGGCCCUGAUACUCCAGCAAGUGAGGGCAGCAGGGAUAGUAGUGAGGGCCACCCAGGAAGAAGAGAGAGGUCCUCAAGUGAUGAUUUGGCCCCUUUGCUGCCAAGGCAGGACUUGGACCCACGUGUCCUAUGUAACUCAGGCUGGGGACAGACUCCAGUUCGUCAACACACUGUUUGGCAAAUGGAGCAAAGUCCAGACAAAAAGAAUGAUGCAGGCGGCGAGGUCUGGGGGUCUUCGUCCAACACACCUUUAACUGGACCUGCACCAUCUCCUCCUGGAUGUGCCAAUCCCAACCACAAUGGACCUCCUAGAAUGGACACAAGCAAGAGCGAGGAACCUCGCAGAGCCACGCCAAACACAGGCUGGGGAGGAUCAGCCCCAGCCUCUACUCAACCUAAUGGUGGAUGGGGCGAACCUCCUGCAAAUAAAAAGGUUCCCAAUGGAUCCGUAUGUGGCUGGCGCGAUCCCAUUGCCGAGGGUCUCAACACCAAUGGCUGUAAUGGCCAAUCUUGGGCUUCUGAAGAAAAGUCUCCUAGCUGGGAUGAUGGUACUUCUCAGAAGAAAACACAAGGUUGGGGUGAUGGACCCAAAACAUCCUCAGGCUGGGGAAGUAGUGGCAGUGGUAAUAGUGGAGAGUGGGCUGACUCUUCAGAAAUACGGAAAAGUGGCUCUGGAAGUUCCUCUAGGGACUCUGAAAACAGAAACUGGAAGGAAACCCAGAGAGGCUGGGGUAAAUCAGCACCAACACAGGGUGGUGGUUGGGGUGAUUCUCAACAUUCCAAUGAUUCAGCCCAAGGUUGGGGUGGAAAACUUCAGGAAUCCACAUGUGGCAACAGUGGAGCUGGAGGCAUAGGAUCAUGGUGUGGCCCAAAUUCUGUGAAACAGAGCAACUCUGGCUGGGCAUCAGGAGGCCACCAGGAUCCAGGAGAUGAGGCCACAGGCUGGGAUGAACCAUCUCCAUCUUCUAUUCGUCGCAAAAUGGAAAUUGAUGAUGGGACCUCCUCCUGGGGUGACCCCAGUGCUUACUGCAAGAGUGUGAACAUGUGGGACAGAAAUAACUCCCAAAAUCAUACAGGAACCAACAAGAAUGGCAGCAGUCAUAGCAUCACUGGGCCAAACAACAACAAUAACAGCAACCAUCACCAACACCACAGCCAAGGUCCCACUCAGAACCAUGUCAAUGGCAACAUCAACAAUGGCUCACCCAGUCAAGGUGAAUCUCCUAUUAACAGGAUGCCCAUGGGAAAUCCAGGUUGGGGAGAGCUCCCUAAUGUCCAGUCAAAUACAGAACCCUCUACAUGGGGCGAGCCAGCCAAUUCCAACCCUUCUGUGGACAAUGGCACUUCAGCUUGGGGUCAAGGCCAACCCACUAAGAGCUGUGGAGGAUGGGGUGAAAGUGCUUAUGACUCCAGUGGACCUUAUGGCAGAGGAAAUGCACCUGCUGGAUCAGGCCCCUGUCAGGAAGGUCCCAAACCUAUGCAAGAUGGCUGGGGAUCUGGAGGGGAAGAGACUGGCAUGAACACCAGCCAGUGGGAUGCUGAUGAUGGUGACAUGUGGAACAGUCCCACAUCCCAAGACUCCUCUUGCAACUCAUGGGGUCAAUCCAAGAAGGGCCCACAAAGGGGCAAGGUUUCCAACCAGCAUGAUGACGUUUGGAUCAUGACCAGACUUAUCAAGCAGCUUACAGACAUGGGUUUUCCAAAGGAUCCUGCAGAAGAAGCCCUAAAGAGCAACAAUAUGAAUCUAGAUCAGGCCAUGAGCGCUUUGUUGGAGAAAAAAACUGAACUGGACAAACGGGGGAUGUGCAUGUCAGACUACAGUAAUGGAAUGAAUAGGCCCAUGGUGUGCCGACCCACAAACCUCUCAAAAGACCCCUCACUGGAUCGUGCCCCCUUCCUGGACAAGGAUGGCAGGCUGUCAGAUGAUGCUUCAACCUCACCAUUUAUGCCUUCUCCUGGCCUCAAGCACCCAUUGGCCAAUAGCAGCCUCCCUAGCCACGGAUUGGGUGGCGUCUCUUCUGGCCUGUCCAUGCAAAACUUGAACAACAGACAGAUGCAGAAUGGAAUGUUCGGCACUAACGGAGCAGCACAAACUCGGGUCAUGCAGCAGCAGGCCCCGCCCCCUCAGCCACCAGUGCCACCUCUUAGCUCCGCCCAGCCUACUCUACGUGCUCAAGUGCCUCAGCUUCUCUCCCCUCAGGUUCAAGCACAGCUCUUACAGUUUGCGGCAAAAAACAUUGGACUGAAUCCUGCACUUUUAACCUCACCAAUAAAUCCUCAACAAAUGACCCUGCUGUACCAACUACAACAACUGCAGGUGGCAUAUCAGCGUUUGCAGAUUCAGCAGCAAAUGAUGCAGGCUCAGCGUAAUGUCUCUGGUCCCAUCAAACAACAAGAGCAGCAAGUUGCACGUACAAUCACAAACAUGCAGCAGCAGAUCCAGCAGCACCAGCGUCAGCUGGCCCAGACUCUGCUUAUGAAACAGCAGCAGCCUCCUCCUUCCUCUCACAUCGGCCUGCACCCAAACCUUGGCAAGGCAAGCCUGGACACCUUCAUGGGUCACCCUCAGAAUUCAGGCCUCUCCGUGUCUGACCUGCAGACCAAAGAUCAGCAGUCUUCUCCAAACUCCUUCAGCCCUUAUACACUCUCUGGUUUGACCCCGAACAUGAAUGUAAACUGUAUGGAGGGGGGAGGUCUAUCUCUGAAAGACCCUCCUCAGCCUCAAUCCCGACUCUCACAAUGGACUCAUUCAAACUCCAUAGAUUCCAUGACGGUUAGCGCUCAGCACAUGGAGGCAAACCUCAAUAAACAUGGUCCAAUCUCUGCUGCUCAGUCCCAUAUGCCUGUCGGAAAGAGCGCCAUGGAAGAUUCUUUCAGCCCAUACAAUCUGAUGUCAAGAUCUGAAUCCCCCACCAGCACCUUGGUGUCUCCUGAUAGCUGGACACAGGGCAAAAGUCCCAAUGAGAAAAUCUCUAGUGGCUCCAAUAUCAACUGGCCUCCAGAAUUCUGCCCUGGAGUGCCAUGGAAAGGUCUGCAGAACAUUGACCCUGAGAAUGACCCCAACAUGACCCCAGGAAGUGUUCCAAAUGGCCCCACCAUCAACACCAACAUACAAGAUGUGAAUCGCUACCUGUUACGUGACAGGACUGGAGGUAAACUCUUGGAAAUGAAGUCUACCUGGUCCCCUGGACCCAUCUCCCACACACAGGCGUCUUUAUCUCAUGAGUUAUGGAAGGUUUCCCCAGGGACACGUAACACCAGUGCUCCCUCUCGCCCCCCUCCAGGCCUUACGAACACCAGGCCUGAAUCCCAGAACACCAGAAACUCCUCCACCUGGGGAGGAAACUCCCUUGGCCUCAGCCAGGGUUGGACCAGCUCUUACUCCUCAGAAGGGGGAACUUGGAGCACUGACAGUCCCAACAGAGGAAGCAGCUGGUUGGUGCUCAGAAACCUCACUCCUCAGAUUGACGGCUCCACCCUACGGACUCUGUGCAUGCAGCACGGCCCUCUCAUUACCUUCCAUCUGAACCUGACGCAGGGCAAUGCUGUCGUUCGUUACAACUCCAAGGAGGAGACCGCCAAAGCCCAGAAAUCCCUGCACAUGUGUGUGCUGGGUAACACUACCAUCCUGGCAGAGUUUGCCGGUGAGGACGAUGUGAACCGCUUCUUUGCACAGGGCCAGUCCCUUACCCCCACCACUAGCUGGCAGGCCAGCAAAGCACCAGGCUCCAAUCAAUCCCGGCUGGGCAACACUGCAGCCAGCCACCCCACAGGCCUCUGGAGCGGGGGUGGAGGAGGUACCAAGACAGUCUGCAGUACCGGGAACAGUAGCAGCAGAAACGGUGGCGACAUGCUUUGGGGCGGUGUGCCGCAGUACUCCAGUUUAUGGGCUCCCCCAAACGGAGACGAUGCCAGGGUAAUCGGCAGCCCCAUCCCAAUUAACACCUUGCUCCCGGGAGACCUGCUGAGUGGAGAGAGCAUGUAGGAUGUAUCGGACAUCAUAAACCGACAGUCAAAAGAAGUACUGGAUCAAAACCCAAGCAAAUCAAUGUGGCGAUAAUCACUUUUUGUGGAGCUGUAAUGGAGGUUUAGUGUGAGACGAAGCUGCAAACCUCCAACUGCUGUUUAUUUGUCCUCUGAUUUUUACGUCAUACUGUUUGUUGUAUUCGUGCAUCUUGUUCUUGGUGUGCAAAGACCUUGAGAAGCCAGAAUCAAUAGAAGCAAGAAGCCUUUUGAUGCUUUUUUUAUUUCCAAAGGUUGUUUUUGCUCAAAAGUGUUGUUCAGGAGAAGCCAUCAACGAGGCAGCCAUCUGAAAGUGACCCAGGCACAGUGAGACCUCAUGAUACCUUUCCCUAUAACAGCACUGUUCUGAUGAUUGGAAUGAUCCUGGUACUUUUUUGGUUUUAAACUUUGCAUCUUUUCUUCAGAUCUUCUUAUAUUAGCCGUAAGUGCUCUCUCUCCAGGUCCUCCUUAAAAACUUUUAUUUUGUAAAACCAACAAAAAAUAAA